GUAUGUGCACAAACCAGUCAAGGUGUGUCUCUUGGAUACACCCUUGUUGCUGUUGGAUCAACACAUACAGAAGCUGAGGACUGUUGAACAGAGUGUCAAGCCUGGUAAUCCAGUCAGCAGAAUCAUGUUCUUCGCUCUGCUUUUCUCAGGAUUUCUCUCACUCACCUCCGCGCUCUCUCACCAAUACCACUUUGUGAACGAAUCGAAAACCUGGAGUGAAGCCCAGAGUUACUGCAGGGCCAAUUACACAGACCUGGCCACCCUUUACGACACCGACGAUGUGAACGCACUCAUUCAGCUUGCCAGCCCAACUGACUCUGCUUGGAUCGGACUUUAUGCCGACGUGCUGAACAGCUGGAGAUGGUCCAUUACGGACAGCAGUUUCUAUGGUCCAGGAGAGACGACUUAUAGAAACUGGGCAUCAGGAGAGCCAAAUGAUAGGGGUGGGGAAAUGGUCUGUGUAGUUAUGGACUCCUUAGGAACAUGGAUUGAUGUAUCUUGUGAAACGUCCCGCAAUUUUGUUUGUUAUGGCUUCUUCCCCCUCAGCUCAGCUCUCUCUCACCAAUACCACUUUGUGAACGAACCGAAAACCUGGAGUGAAGCCCAGAGUUACUGCAGGGCCAAACACACAGACCUGGCCACCCUUUACAACACGGACGAUGUGAAUGCACUCACUCAACUUGGCAGCCAGACUGGCUCUGCUUGGAUCGGACUUUAUGACGACUUGCUGAACGGCUGGAGAUGGUCCAUUACCGACAGCAGUUUCUAUGGUCCAGGAGAGACGACAUAUAGAAACUGGGAUCCGAAUUUCGGCAAUCCCAGUAAUAGUAACGCAAAUGAACUAUGUGUUGAAAUGUUCAUUGAUGGAACAUGGAAUGAUUUUCCUUGUACCUAUUCAGUCAGAUCAUUUGUUUGCUAUGGAGUCAAUGAUACCUACAUUUUGAUUACGACAAAAUUGUCAUGGAAUGAUGCCCAGAUCUACUGUAGAGCCAACUACAUCGAUCUUGCAAGCAUUAGGAAUAGUACGGAAAAUCAAAAGGUCCUUGAUGUCACAAACGACACUAACGUAAUCAUUGGCCUGUACAGAACCAGAACGUGGUCAGACGGGAGUGACUCCUCUUUCAGAAACUGGAAAUCCAGGCAACCUGAUAACGCCAAUGGUAAUCAACUCUGCACUGCAGUGUCAUUCAGUGACUCGGGCCAUUGGACGGAUGAGAACUGUGGUACUACCCGCCCUUUCUUCUGCUACUCAGCCACCGUAGUUGGUCUGAGGAUGGUUGUCCAGGCAAAGACUGACCUUAAUGAAGCUGAGAUUGAUGAGAUGAUUCUAAAACCAUUUCUUGAGAAGCUGAUUGAGAAUGGCCUUCCAAGCAGCACGACUGUGAGACUGAGACGUGUUCACCUAGGUCUCCUUCAGGCAUCUUCUACUGUGGUAAAUGCGUUCAAUUCAGCAUGUCCCCAAUACAACGAUGUAGGGGCCAGUGGUGUAGCCAUGGAUAUGCCCGAGUGUCAACACAAACCAACCAUAAUAACUGGCCUCUUCCCCCUCAGCUCAGCUCUCUCUCACCAAUACCACUUUGUGAACGAACCAAAAAACUGGAGUGAAGCCCAGAGUUACUGCAGGGCCAAUUACACAGACCUGGCCACCCUUUACGACACCGACGAUGUGAACGCACUCACUCAACUUGGCAGCCAGACUGGCUCUGCUUGGAUCGGACUUCAUGACGACUUGCUGAACAGCUGGAGAUGGUCCAUUACCGACAGCAGUUUCUAUGGUCCAGGAGAGACAACACAUAGAAACUGGAGCGCAGUUGAACCCAAUAACUUCGGAGGAAAAGAGCUGUGUGUAGAAAUGUUUCUUGAUGGAACAUGGAAUGAUAUACCUUGUGACACCGUCUUUUCACCCAUAUCUUUUGUUUGCUAUGGAGUCAAUGAUACCUACGUUUUGAAUACGACAAAAUUGUCAUGGAAUGAUGCCCAAGCCUCCUGUAGAGCCAACUACAUCGAUCUUGCAAGCAUAAGGAAUAGUACGGAAAAUCAAAAGGUCCAUGAUGCCGCAAACGGCAAUAGAGUAUACAUUGGCCUGUACAGAACCAGAUUGUGGUCAGACGGGAGUGACUCCUCUUUUAGAAACUGGAAAUCCGGUCAACCUGAUAACGCCAAUGGUAAUCAACUCUGCACUGCAGUGUCAUUCAGUGACUCGGGCCAGUGGACGGAUGAGAACUGUAGUACUACCCGCCCUUUCUUCUGCUACUCAGCCUUUGUAGUUGGUCUGAGGAUGGUUGUCGACACAGAGACUGACCUGACAGAAGCUGAGAUUGAAGAAGUGAUUCUAAAAUCACUUCGUGAGGAGCUGAUUGAGAAUGGCCUUCCAAACAGCACGACUGUGAGACUGAGACGUGUUCACCGUAUAAAUACAUGAGGAAGUCAAACAACAUCAUAAUUGGUUUCACAUGCAAGAAGAUGUAUUUAUGGUAAUGAAUUCAAACUCCUACUAACUUUUCAUCUGUGUACUUUUUAUCAUGGAAGAGUGGUGAAUCAGAAUCAUUGCCAUAUAUGUCUUCAUAUGUAUAUUUCUAUGUUCAUUAUUUUGUAUCUCUUGUUCUAAAUUGUGACCUAUACAGUGCAUCUCCUCCAUGAACUAGAGGUCACAGCCCCAUUUAUUUGUUGUUUAAAAGAUAAGUGAAUCCUUUUGAUGAAGCUCGUCUGUCUCCCUUGGUGUGUAUUAUUGAAAGAAUAAAGCCUGUUUCCUCAUUGAU